AUGGACAGGGCCAACCAGAGCACCCCGGAGGGCUUCGUCCUGCUGGGGUUCUCCGACCGGCCGCGCCUGGAAGCCGCGCUCUUCGUGUUCGUCCUGUUCUUCUACCUCCUGACGCUGCUGGGGAACUCGGCCAUCGUGCUGGUCUCCCGCCUGGACCCCCUGCUGCACACGCCCAUGUACUUCUUCCUCAGCAACCUGUCCGUGCUGGACCUCUGCUUCACCAGCAGCCUGGCACCCCAGACCCUGGUCAACCUGCGGGGCCCCGACAAGACCAUCACGUUUGGCGGCUGCGUGGUGCAGCUCUACGUCUCGCUGGCUCUGGGCUCCACCGAGUGCCUGCUGCUGGCCGUCAUGGCCUGGGACCGCUACGUGGCCGUGUGCCGGCCCCUGCACUACGCGGUCAUCAUGAGCCCACGGCGCUGCCAGCACCUGGCUGCCACCUCCUGGCUCGGCGGCCUGGCCAACUCCCUGGUCCACGCCACCCUCACCCUGCAGCUGCCCUUCUGUGGCCACCGCAGGCUGGACCACUUCAUCUGUGAGGUCCCCGCCCUGCUCAAGCUGGCCUGUGUGGACACCACAGUCAACGAGCUGGUGCUGUUCGUGGUCAGCGUCAUCUUCCUCCUGCUGGCCCCAGCCCUCAUCCUGCUCUCCUACGGCUUCAUCGUGGCCACCGUGCUGCGGCUCAGGUCCGCGGAGGCCCAGCGCAAGGCCUUCAGCACCUGCUCCUCCCACCUGGCCGUGGUGGUCAUCUUCUACGGCACCAUCAUCUACAUGUACCUGCAGCCCCGGGACAGCUACAGCCAGGAGCAGGGCAAGUUCAUCUCCCUCUUCUACACCAUGGUCACCCCCACGCUGAACCCCGUCAUCUACACGCUGAGGAACAAGGACGUGAAGGGUGCCCUGCGGCGGCUGCUCUGGCGCGGGCGAGACAGCACAGGCGACCAGGAUGAAGGACACGGGCGCCGCCAGGAACAGCAGAGACAGCGAGACAGCAGCGGGUCGGGCAGCGUGGGGGGCAGGCACCAGACACGGGCCCAGACGAGGACGAACCGACACCAGGAGCCGGAGCGCAGAUUCCAAACCACCAGCGGGGGGCGGAGACGGCGCCAGCCCCGCCCGGGCCCCGCCGGCCGGCGGGAGCCGCCACAGCAGCGCGGAGAACCGGCCCCGGCGCCCUCGGCCCCCGGGGGUCAGGACCCCCGGGCGGGCCGGGCUCCCCGGGGCCCCCGCCUGCGCCGGGGCAGCGGCUCCUCGUCCGAGGAAACCUGCGACGUCCUGGCCGCGGGGCCGCCCGGGCUCCGCCUCCGCGGCUCAGCCCAGCCGACCGGGCCGGGGCGGCGCCAGAAGAGCUCGGGCUCCGGCUCGGCCCGGGAAAGGCCGCGCGCGCUCCUGCAGCUGAUUGGACCAUUUGGCACCAAUCACCUCCCAGCUCACAGCUGA